UAUUGACAGCUGCAUGGCUAAUGCCCUGUAGCUCUCCGGGCGGAGAAACAAAAGCAGAUUUCUCCCCCACCUCUUCAGCAGAGACCAUAAAGGCGAUGCUUUUGUGCUUUCCUGAGCAUUGCCAGAGACAGGCUGAGCGUGCUUAGUGGAGGGGCUCAUCUCUCUGCAGAACCCUGGCGUGGAUGGGAGAUCUCCACGAGGGAAGCUGUCUUCUUUAGGUCCCACCUGGAGGACUCAAUCUUUGGGCCAGGAUGCAUCGAAUGAUGAAAGAAGAAUCAAGCUACAGGGCAAGUAGCCUGGAAAAUGCAACGCGUGACGCAGGCAAAGAGCAGCUCCAUGUGAAGCUCUGCAGUGGGUCCUGCCAUGCUGAGCAAAUCCUCCAGACACUGAACGCCUACCGGCGCGGCGGCAUCUUCACAGAUGUGGUGCUCUUAAUUGAUGGACAAGAAUUCCCCUGCCACCGUGCUACUUUGUCAGCCAACAGCACUUAUUUCCGGGCGAUGUUUGGUGGCAAUCUCAAGGAAGGCCACCAGAACAUCAUCAACAUCCAGAAGAUUUCUGCUUCUACUAUGUCUCUCCUUCUUGACUACAUGUAUGGGGGGAACAUCGUCAUUCAGGAAGACAAUGUUGAAGGCAUCUUGGAACUGUCUGACUUGCUGCAGAUCUCCAAGCUUAGGGACGCUUGCAUCAGCUUCCUUGAAGGCCAGCUUCACCCCUGCAAUUGUUUGGGCAUCAUGAAGUUUGCCGACUCAUUCUCCAUCACUUCCCUGACAGAAAAAAGCAAGAGGUUCAUGCUGGAGUGUUUUGUGGAGGUGUCGUGCCAUGAAGAGUUCCUAGAGAUGGGUGUGAAGGAACUGGUUGAAUAUUUGUCUGAUGAGCAGCUGGUGGUUCCCAAGGAGGAGGUGGUCUUUGAAGCAGUCAUGCGCUGGGUACGACAUGACAUCCCUGCCCGGAAGGGAGCCUUGAAGGAUCUCCUCGAGCAUGUGCGUCUCCCACUGCUCAACCCCACCUAUUUCCUGGAGAAGGUGGAAAUGGAUGGGCUCAUCCAGGACUCAAAGGAGUGCAUCCCUCUGCUGCACGAAGCCCGCAAGUACUACAUCCUUGGGAAUGAGGUCAGCUCUUUGAGAUCGAGGCCCAGAAGGUUCAUGGAGCUGGCAGAAGUUAUCAUCGUCAUCGGGGGCUGUGAUAAGAAAGGCCUUCUGAAGCUGCCCUUCACCGACCUCUAUCACCCAAAGAGCAGGCAGUGGACGGCCCUCUCCAGUGUGCCUGGCUACACCAAGUCAGAGUUUGCUGCCUGCACACUGAAGAAUGAUGUCUAUAUAUCAGGGGGACACAUCAGCAGCAAUGAUGUUUGGGUGCUGAGCUCCCAGCUGAAUGUCUGGAUCAAGGUUGCUUGUCUGCAGAAAGGCCGAUGGAGGCACAAAAUGGCAACGCUUCAGGGCAAGAUCUACGCUGUGGGAGGCUAUGAUGGUUUUUACCGCCUCUCCAGCGUGGAGUGCUAUGACACCUUCUCCAACAGCUGGUCCACCUUGGCUCCACUGCCCCAAGCCGUGAGCUCAGCGGCCGUGGUCUCCUGCCUGAACAAGCUCUACGUGCUGGGUGGUGCUGUGGAUGACACUGCUAACACCGACAAGGUCCAAUGUUAUGAUCCAGAGGACAACAAGUGGACACUCUUGUCUCCCACUCCAUUCUACCAGAGGUGCAUCAGUGCCGUCUGCUUGGACAACAUCAUUUAUGUUGUAGGUGGGCUCCUCAGUAAAAUCUUCAGCUAUGAUCCAAGGAAAGACAGCUGGCAAGAAGUGGCUGCCCUCCCCGGGCCUCUGGAGAGCUGCGGCCUGACGGUGUGCGGAGGGAAGAUUUACAUCCUGGGUGGCCGAGAUGAGAACGGGGAAGGCACAGACAAAGCGUUCACUUUCGACCCUGUAACGGGGAGUGUGGAGCAGCAGCCCCCGCUGCAGCGCUGUACCAGCUACCAUGGCUGCGUCACCAUCCUGCAGCGCAUGAACAGAUGACCGCAGGGCUUUGACAGCAUCUUUCUCCUACCCAGAGCCUCCCCUUGAGUUAGUGGCCACAUGUGUGGACAGACAGCUUGUCUCUCUGCAGGAAGGACAACACAAGCCACUGAAGAUAUGAUCCCGCCAGGUGCUGAGCAACCUGUGUUUUGUUUUUUCCCAGGCCUGAUGAUGCCAAUGGUUUUGAUGCUGAUCUAGGUGAGAGGAUUAAAGAGUGCUGGGCUGUGCAAAAGCUGCAUUGCAGACCUUGCCACCCUCAGAUUCAAGUAGAAUUGCAUCCCCUGCAACUGCUCAGUUUGAUUUCUUUUAGAUUUCCCUGAAUUAUUGAAUGGUUUGAAUUGGGAGGGACACCUAAAGGCUGUCUGGUCCCACUCUCCUCAGUGAACAGGGACACCCACAGCUCCAUCAGUGCUCAGAGCCCUGUCCUCACUUCCCUUAUUGUAAAAUACUUACUCCUUAUAUGGAUGUAAAUCAUGGUUUUCUGUACUGCUGGUACAAGGGCAUGUAUUUGCUUCUCUCUGACACCCAGGGCUGUUGCAGACACAAAUUACAUCUACAGGAUCCAAUUCUUCAGCUCUCAAAUAUUUCUGCAUUUAGCUCCAUAAUUCCCUGUGUCAAACCGUGCUUGCCCAAAUGGUCAUUGAUGCCCAUGAGCAGUUAGUUCUACUACAGUGGACAGCUGAGUUUGAGAUCUCUUAGCUGAUAUCCCAGGAAAAAUUCUCUGCUAAAUCCCUGAAAGCCUGGUUAAAUAGGAUGCUCUGAGUCCAUUCUGAAUUUACUGUAUGAAGGUCUAUUCCCUGAAAGCACAGUGCUGUCUCUUCUUCAGUGCUUUUUUUCAAGGUUGGGCUGCUGUCUUGCUGAGACUCUGUCACUGAGAAAAAAGUGAAUCAUGAACCAAGAGGUUCUUCUUCAGAGAGCAGAGUUAGGCAAAUUAUAAUGUUUCGGAGUUGCACACAGUGUCCUGAAGUGAUAGUUACAGAACUGCAUCUGGCUCCUUUUGGCUUUGAAGGAUGCUGGCAACUAGGAAAAUAAACUCAAUAUUCAGCAGAUUAGGCAGAGCCCUCCUGGGAUCCUAACAUGCAGCUCGUCUGGGGGCAUGUGUUCAAUAGCACCAACUGUGCUACUCCAGGGCUUUGACCUCAGAUCCAGAAGUGAUCCUGAGCACAUUUGAUUUAGUAGAAUAGCCUUAGACUUAGGUGUGAGUGUCUUAGUCCAUGGCUGGAACUGGUAAUUUCUGAUGGGUCCAUGUAGACAUUCACGUUGUUCAAUUAGGGUCUUAAGUGUUGCCAAAUGUAGUGGGAUCUCUUAAAAAUUCCCAUUACUUGUACAUUCACUCCUCUGCAGCGUGGUGCUGGCUGGAUGCUGUUCUCUCUGCACCUUGCUUUCCUCUCCCCACUGAUGACCUCUUACUGAAGUAGAGGAGAAUACCAUGCUGUUGGCCCAGAUUCUCCUCUUUUCAGAGCCUUCUAAUGACCUUAAGCCUCCUGUGAUUGCCUCCCUCCCCCAUAUGGCUGGAUUUUAUUUGGUGCUCUUUAGCGUCUCUGUCUUUUGUGAGUUCUGAGAUGUUCACCUCUUCUUUGUGAUGUUAUCAGGAUCACCUGAAAAACAUGGCAAGAAGAAGUUCCUGCUGUAGGCCCCAAAUUGGCUGGUAGCUGGGCAUGCUGUUCUCUUCUUGUGCUUUUCCAUUGUUUGAGCAGGGUGUUUCAUUGCACAAAAUGUACCAAACAUUCCUCACAGUCACCUCUGAAAGGCCUCAGGGCUACGGUGGCCAUUUUGUUUAUGAAGGCACUCUAUGCGUUCUUGGCCUCCAAUUCUCCUCAAGGCCCGUGCGCAGUAUGACAUGUCCUUCAAGCAAUACAGAAGUGAUUUAAUGGUGGCACAGGUUACUGGGAGUCAUUAAGUGACAUGUGGAUGUGGUGCUUACGAAGAUGGUUUAGUGGUGGGCUUUCAGUGGUAGGUGGAUGGUUGGACCUUGGGGAUCUGAAGGCCUUUCCAACCUAAAUGACUAUGAUUCCUCUGAGGAGAGAAAACUAAAUCCGUUCUGCCAAAGGGCAAUUUAAUUUGCAAUCAAAUUGCAUCCACAGUUAGGUUUAUAAUGCAAAUAAGAAUUCUUCAGAAGAAACUGUCACCUUUCAUUGAUAUAAUUAACAUGAAAGAAAGCACGAACGUAUCAACCCACGUUGUUGAUAGACUUCAGGGACAGAGAGACUUUUAUUCUCCUAUAGCCUGAUGUUCUGAGGACCACAAAUCGCAGUCCAUCUCCCCAUAAAAAUAAAAAAGCUCUCUUACUGUUCCCUGCACCUUCAGCAAUUCAACAUUCUGGAUGUCUCCACCUGAACCCCAUGACAUGUCUGGUUGAAGAGGUUCUUAGUUCUCCGAAGGACUGGCCAUGCUUGGGAAACCACCACGGGUGUUUCAAGAAAAAGAGAGAACACAAGCAUUGAGUGUAACAGCUUUUAUGUUCUGUAGCUCUGUUUGGGGGGACUUAAUGCAGUGUCAUAAACAUUUGUUUUUUUCCUAGUCUUUGGGGCUUUUUUUUAAAGCAUCUGACAUGAGAGCUAUGCUGAAGAGGAUUCAGCAUGUGGCGUCGUGGUUGGUUUGGUUGUGGAUGUUAUUUUUGUUUGUUUGUUUUUUCUUAUAUGGAAAUGUUCAGAAAUUUGUGAUUUACUUCCAGUAAAGUCAAGUGAGGAAAACCUUAACACUGCUGCAACACAGAACUGUUCUUCUUGCAACUUCUCUUUCUACAGUCUUUCCUGAUCUCCCUACUUCUUCCAGGAGUCUCUUGCUGUACUUCACCCCUUAGUCCUGUAGAAAUAAGCUCUCUCAGAAGAGCAGAUGUUCUGGUCAGUUUUCCCAUGUGCUUUUGAUGUGUGUGGUGUGUUGCAGUAGGUGUAACACGAUGGUGUAAGCUUUGGUGUAGGUACUAAUCUGUUUCCCUUGUUGUUGGUCAUGAUAUUCACUGUACCACUGAAAUGUGUUUGUAUUUUGUAAGGGCUGUGAGCUGUCAGCAUGCAGGGGAGGGA